AUGGCUCCACCUCGCUAUCGUGCUCGGACUCUAGAUACGCCCACAAAUGAACAGCUAGCUCAGAAACUCCAUCACCUCACCCAGACUAUGCAGAUGCUGAGUAAUGCCCUCCUGCACAACAACAACCCUCCGCCACCACCAGAUGGAAACCUGGUAGGAUGCCAUGAAGACCGUCGCGUGGAGCUAGCGACGUUUUACUUCAGUCAUGAGGCGGACCUAUGGUGGGUCCAUGAGGGGGACCUAUGGUGGGUCCAUGAGGGUCCGGCAUGUCUUGAGGAACCCGGGUUUGACUGGUCAGUGUUGAAAGGCAAGCUCCGGGAAAGGUUCUAUCCAUCUCAUGUAAGGGCGGCUAUGUAUGAGGAGUUCCUCCACUUGAAGCAAGGGACCAUGUCCGUAGUGGAGUAUCACAAGUAUUUUCUUGAGUUAGCCCGAUUUGCACGCGUGUUCAUUCCCACCGAGGCUGCUAAGGUGGAAAAGUUUGUAGUAGGGCUUAACUGUGAGGCGGAGAAAGCCCUAACAGUGAGUAAACCAAGAUUGCUCAGUGAAGCCUAUGACCAGGCAGCUUAUCUCUCCACAGUACAACAAGAUCAACAGUUGAGAGUGAGACAAAAUAAGAAAAGAAGCGAAGACAGUGCCAGUGCAGUGCUUAAGAAACCAAGGGUGACAGAUGUUCCUAGCACCACCAGUGUAGUAGAGCGUUGGGUUAGGGGUGGUGUUUCCACUCGGGUUAGCCCCAGCAAGGUUGCAGCGCCACCACCGCAGAUACGAAGAUUGGUUGGGAGUAUGGUAGGUCGAGGUUCGAAGGAGGAACCAUCUCAAGGAAAGAUGCUCGCGAUGAGUGAAGCUCGGGUUGGGGACAACGAUGUCAUGACCGGAACCUUCUUGGUACAGUCAAUACCGGCAUUGGUUCUAUUCGAUUCGGGGGCAUCCAACUCGUUUGUAUCUUCGGAGUUGACCGGAACCUUCUUGGUACAGUCAAUACCGGCAUUGGUUCUAUUCGAUUCGGGGGCAUCCAACUCGUUUGUAUCUUCGGAGUUGGUCAAGAAGCUGGGAUUGACCGAUUGUGUAGAGGAACUCUACCUUGAUUAUGCGGGGCUGCUACACGAUGUCCCUUCUGACUACAUAGCCACACUCGAAUCAGAGGCCCUUCAGAUUCAUCUCCUCUCCCAUGUCAGAGAAGCUUAG